AUUGAAUCCAUCAGUACAGCGUAUGAAAAAAUGAAAGUUGUCACAAAAUAGAUGACAUUUACUAGUAUCUAAGUGCAUACAUGUUUUCUUAUCAAUACGGUAGUGCUCUUAUUUAAAAAUAAUAGACCGUCACGAUGAAGGAUCAAGAAAGCGCCUCUGAGGCUCAUCGCCCUGUACAGAAACGGGUCCUGUUCCUGGGGGUGAUGUUGGCGAGUUUCGUGGUCUGCUUCGUCGUGUUCGGCUGCAUCACCUACGUGGACAACAGCGAUUUGCGAAGGGAGCUCCGGGAGAUCAAGGAUGGAGUCAUAAUGACACCUACCGAGAAACCGGACAGCAGUCUGGAAGAUUUUGACGAAAGUGAUAGAGAAGAUGAUGAAGUUGUCGAAGAAGAGAGCGGUAUUCCAGAAUGGGUUCCAAGUUUUCCACAAAUAGGAAUAAAGCCAAGCCUCCCAGCCAACAACAUCAGUGAGGUGUUUGUCUCUGAUGAAGGUGCUGUGAGGGUCCGGCGGAACGUGAGGGCGUGUGCGGGCUGCUGCCGAGAUUGUGACUGUACUAUCAAGAAGAAGAAAAAGGGUGCAAAGAGGGAUUGCAAGCGCUGUUGUCAAAAAUGUGGAAGCCACAAGUUCUGCAGGCCCGAAAAAAAUCAUGGUGUAACAGAAAAAGCUAUCAGCAGUAUUUUCAAGUCACGGAUUGGCCACUUUAUUGGUUCUACAGAGGGAGUUAUUAAGUGUGGUAAGAUGAUCGAGAAGGGUAAACCGUACGCUCUCACAACGGAUACUGGGGACAUUUGCGCCUGGAAAUAUGCAACAUGGAUGAAAAGAGAGUCCAAGAAACUGUAUAAUCUGCAAUCAAACGGCAAGGUCGAGGUGAGAGAUGCCGGCCUGUACUAUAUCUAUGGCCAGCUCAUCAUCCACGAUAGGAAUCCGACGGCUAGUUUGGGUAUCAUGAUCAGAGACCGCUACAAGACCGGUGGAGAUAGCUUGGAGAGAGAACUAAGCAGGUGCAUAGAGAGUGCAGGCUAUCUCAUUGGAUCCGCUGGGCAAAUCACUGACGAGUCGUUUCGGACUUGCAAUAUGGGCUCCGUAACAGAGUUGUCUAAGGGAUCGGAGGUGUACAUCGUUGUCCACGUGCCAAGGAGCAGUAGUAAUAAGCAUAUUCCGGUAAAGACUUUCCAUAAGGUGACAACUGCCUUCUUUGGCAUCAUCAAAUACACAUAAAAUAUUUGACAUGUGGCCUUUUCAUUCUGAAGAUGCAUCAUGGGUCUUUAGCGCGUAUCUUAAAUUACUCGGGAAAUUCAUUUACAUGUACAUGUACAAUGUAAAGGACAUUUUUAAUAUAUUUUUUGGUAUUUCAAUUGAAUUAGAAAGCUUAUUCGGUCUUUUAGUGUCCACGGUAGCUAUUCGCUCUCUUAUGAUGAAACAUGGAUUUACCUUAUUAAUGUAAUUGUCGGUUACAUUGCUCGUAUGGGAAACAGCCUCAUCCUGCUAUGACAGAUAUUGCAUUCGUUGUAAACGGGUAAUAAUUCAUCAAGUAGUUACAUGUAAUUCUCCGAGCAGAGCAUCUGUCUGGCAGGCAUUUCAAAUUUUGCUAUCAAAUUUUGAAACAGCUGAAAUUUUCACAAUAUCCACUUUUGUUAUCCUUUUUCCGGAAAUAGAUUUUGUGAUGCAACGCUUGCGCAUUGCAACAGAAUAUAUGCAAUUUCGAAAAUCCUCGAAUGAAAAAAAAAAAUAAGUGAGCGUAUUCAGCCCGGCGCAGUCAUGCCGCGGGAAACGUUAUAAAAACCGACAAAUGGCUGCAAAUUUAUUUAUCUAAUUUAAUUCGGGAAUUUUCACGAAUAAAAAAAUAUUACGAUGAAAAAACAAUCCUCGGGAUACUUUGAUUUGGAAUCGACGUACUGCCUUCUUGUAUGUUUCGAGAAAAGAUGCUUAUUUUACUCAGUUUUCGACAUAAAGCAGGAGGGUCGAUUUUCAGUCAAACAGUAAAAAAUGUGCAUACAUUGAAUAAUAGGCCUAGGCCAACUCGAUUUUACGAGAAUUCUAACUGGCGUUCUCGAAAACCGAGAUGGUGGCGACUGCAUAUAAAUAUUUUGUAAAAGUUGUAAAACGUUGUAAAAAUGUAGUAACGUAACGUUAAAUCGGAGGAUUCUCAUAAUGCAUAUAUACUUGUAUACUACUGUAAAAGUUGUAAAUUUGUAAAAAUGUAGUAACGUAACGUUAAAUCGGAGGAUUCUCAUAAUGCAUAUAUACUUGUAUACAACUGUAAAAGGUGUAAAUUUGUAAAAACUAACGUUAGUAAUAAA